GGCGCCCGGCCCCCUCCUCCGGCGCCGGCCAAGUGAGGCGGUGAUGCGGGCGCUGGCGGCCCCGGCUGCGCCGAGAGCGGAGACACAGGCUCAAGAUGGCAGAUUCCGACUGAGGCUGGGGGGGCCGAGCUCGCGCGCCGCGUUCCCUUCUCCGUUGCCAUGAAUCGCGGACACCCCGGCCCCGAUGGCCCCCGUGUACGAAGGUAUGGCCUCACAUGUGCAAGUUUUCUCCCCUCACACCCUUCAAUCAAGUGCCUUCUGUAGUGUGAAGAAACUGAAAGUAGAGCCGAGUUCCAACUGGGACAUGACUGGGUACGGCUCCCACAGCAAAGUGUAUAGCCAGAGCAAGAACGUACCACCUUGUCAGCCAGCCACCACAACCGUUAGCACCUCCUUGCCCAUCCCGAACCCAAGCCUACCUUACGAGCAGACCAUCAUCUUCCCAGGAAGCACCGGGCACAUAGUCGUAACAUCAGCAAGCAGCACUUCUGCCACUGGGCAGGUCCUCGGUGGACCCCAUAACCUAAUGCGUCGAAGCACUGUGAGCCUUCUUGAUACCUACCAAAAAUGUGGACUCAAGCGGAAGAGUGAGGAGAUUGAGAACACAAGCAGCGUGCAGAUCAUCGAAGAGCAUCCACCCAUGAUUCAGAACAAUGCCAGUGGGGCCACUGUAGCCACUGCCACCACAUCAACUGCCACCUCCAAAAACAGUGGCUCCAACAGUGAGGGUGAUUACCAGCUAGUCCAGCAUGAGGUGCUGUGCUCCAUGACCAACACGUAUGAAGUGUUAGAGUUCUUGGGCCGAGGGACAUUUGGACAAGUGGUCAAGUGCUGGAAACGGGGCACCAAUGAGAUCGUGGCUAUCAAGAUCCUGAAGAACCACCCGUCCUAUGCCCGGCAAGGUCAGAUUGAAGUGAGCAUUCUGGCCCGCCUGAGCACCGAGAGUGCCGACGACUACAACUUUGUCCGGGCCUACGAGUGCUUCCAGCACAAGAAUCACACGUGCUUGGUCUUUGAGAUGCUGGAGCAGAACCUCUAUGACUUCCUGAAGCAGAACAAGUUCAGCCCCUUGCCCCUCAAGUACAUUCGCCCAGUCCUGCAGCAGGUAGCCACAGCCCUGAUGAAACUCAAGAGCCUGGGUCUGAUCCAUGCUGACCUCAAACCGGAAAACAUCAUGCUGGUGGAUCCAUCUAGACAACCGUACAGAGUAAAGGUCAUCGAUUUCGGUUCAGCCAGUCACGUGUCCAAGGCUGUGUGUUCCACCUACUUGCAGUCCAGAUACUACAGGGCCCCUGAGAUCAUCCUUGGUUUACCAUUUUGUGAGGCCAUUGACAUGUGGUCGCUGGGCUGUGUCAUAGCAGAGCUGUUCCUGGGCUGGCCGCUGUACCCGGGCGCUUCCGAGUAUGACCAGAUUCGGUAUAUUUCACAAACACAGGGUUUGCCAGCUGAAUAUUUAUUAAGCGCAGGGACAAAGACAACCAGGUUUUUCAACCGUGACACAGACUCGCCGUAUCCUUUGUGGAGGCUGAAGACACCAGAUGACCAUGAAGCAGAGACGGGGAUUAAGUCAAAAGAAGCAAGGAAGUACAUUUUCAACUGUUUAGAUGAUAUGGCCCAGGUGAACAUGACAACAGAUUUGGAAGGCAGUGACAUGUUGGUGGAAAAGGCAGACCGGCGGGAGUUCAUUGACUUGUUAAAGAAGAUGCUGACCAUAGAUGCUGAUAAGAGAAUCACUCCGAUCGAAACCCUGAACCACCCCUUUGUCACCAUGACACACUUACUCGACUUUCCCCACAGCACACACGUCAAAUCAUGUUUCCAGAACAUGGAGAUUUGCAAGCGGCGGGUGAAUAUGUACGACACGGUGAACCAGAGCAAAACCCCGUUCAUCACACACGUGGCCCCCAGCACAUCCACCAACCUGACCAUGACCUUCAACAACCAGCUGAACACUGUCCACAACCAGGCUCCCACCUCCACCAGUGCCACUCUUUCCUUAGCCAAUCCCGAAGUCUCCAUACUAAACUACCACUCUGCACUCUACCAGCCCUCAGCGGCGUCCAUGGCUGCAGUGGCCCAGCGGAGCAUGCCCCUGCAGACGGGGACAGCGCAGAUUUGUGCCCGGCCCGACCCCUUCCAGCAAGCUCUAAUCGUGUGUCCGCCCGGCUUCCAAGCAGGAUUGCAGCCCUCUCCCUCGAAGCAUGCUGGCUAUUCCGUGCGAAUGGAAAAUGCUGUUCCCAUCGUCACCCAAGCCCCAGGAGCUCAGCCUCUUCAGAUCCAGCCAGGUCUGCUCGCCCAGCAGGCCUGGCCAAGCGGGACCCAGCAGAUCCUACUUCCCCCGGCGUGGCAGCAGCUGACUGGAGUGGCCACCCACACAUCAGUGCAGCACGCGACGGUGAUUCCCGAGACCAUGGCAGGCACCCAGCAGUUGGCCGACUGGAGGAACACACAUGCUCACGGCAGCCAUUACAAUCCCAUCAUGCAGCAGCCUGCGCUAUUGACUGGUCACGUGACCCUUCCGGCCGCGCAGCCUUUAAAUGUGGGCGUGGCCCACGUGAUGCGGCAGCAGCCAACCAGCACCACCUCCUCCCGGAAGAGUAAGCAGCAUCAGUCCUCUGCAAGAAACGUCUCCACCUGUGAGGUGUCCUCCUCUCAGGCCAUCAGCUCCCCUCAGCGGUCCAAGCGUGUCAAGGAGAACACACCACCCCGCUGUGCCCUGGUGCACAGCAGCCCGGCCUGCAGCUCCUCCGUCACAUGCGGCUGGGGUGACGGGGCGUCCAGCACCACCAGAGAGCGGCAGCGGCAGACGAUUGUCAUUCCCGACACCCCCAGCCCCACGGUCAGCGUCAUCACCAUCAGCAGCGACACAGAUGAGGAGGAGGAACAGAAGCACGCCCCCACCAGCACUGUCUCCAAGCAGAGGAAAAACGUCAUCAGCUGUGUCACAGUCCACGACUCUCCGUACUCCGACUCCUCCAGCACCACCAGCCCGUACGCCGUGCAGCAACGUGCCGGUCACGCCACCACCACCUUUGACACCAAGGGGGGCCUGGAGAAUCACUGCACGGGGAACCCCCGAACCAUCAUCGUGCCACCCCUGAAAACCCAGGCCAGCGAAGUGUUGGUGGAAUGUGACAGCCUGGUGCCAGUCAACACCAGUCACCACUCGUCCUCCUACAAGCCCAAGUCCUCCAGCAACGUGACCUCCACCAGCGGUCACUCUUCAGGGAGCUCGUCUGGAGCCAUCGCCUACCGGCAGCAGCGGCCAGGACCACAUUUCCAGCAGCAGCAGCCUCUCAACCUCAGCCAGGCUCAGCAGCACAUCACCGCGGACCGCACCGGGAGCCACCGACGGCAGCAGGCCUACAUCACGCCCACAAUGGCCCAGGCUCCGUACUCCUUCCCACACAACAGCCCCAGCCACGGCACUGUGCACCCCCACCUGGCUGCCGCUGCCGCCCACCUCCCCACCCAGCCCCACCUUUACACCUACACGGCGCCCACGGCCCUGGGCUCCACCGGCACCGUGGCCCACCUGGUGGCCUCCCAAGGCUCGGCGCGUCACACCGUGCAGCACACUGCCUACCCGGCCAGCAUCGUCCACCAGGUCCCCGUGAGCAUGGGCCCCCGGGUGCUGCCCUCGCCCACCAUCCACCCGAGUCAGUAUCCAGCCCAGUUUGCCCACCAGACCUACAUCAGCGCCUCUCCGGCCUCCACUGUCUACACUGGAUACCCACUGAGCCCCGCCAAGGUCAACCAGUACCCUUACAUAUAAACACUGGAACGGGAGGGGAGGGAGGGAAAGAUGGCCGAGAGGGGGUGGGGGGAGGGUCCUCGUGGGAGCUGGGCUUUUUAUACUGAAGAUGCCGCACAGAAACAAUGCAAAUGGGGCAGGGGAGGGGGAACGGGGCAGGGACGGGAGGCAAAUGAAACUUGAACUAGGAAGUGGGAGGACUUAGAGCAGAGAACAUUUUAAAAAGGAAGGGAUUGGGGGGGAGGGGAAUCUAUGCUUUUUAUUUUUAAAAAGAAAAAGAAAAAAAAGAAAACGUCAAUAACAAAAAAACAUAGCUCACGAACCCAUUCUGCACCAAACUGGAAAGGAGAAGAAGAGAGCAACGGAAGAUUCUGGAAGUGGGGGGGGCCCCAGUUUUUGAAGAACUUUAUGAACUUUUCAAAGAUUAUUUUCAUAUGGCAGCAAGUGACAUUUAAGAAUUUGCUGUCAGGGGACACCUGAUAUGAAAUCCAAUAGAUUUUUAAUUAUUGAACAUAAGAAUUAGGGAUUUUUCCAGAACUCAAAAGGGUCAGCAGCUCUCUAGAAGCUCAGGCCGUGGCCUGAGGGGUCUGAUAUUUGGGGGUUGAUCUGGGGUCGGCAAAGCCCAGUUCUGGCUCAUUCACCAGGACUGAUGCGGGGUGGCCAGGCUGAAGGAAGACUUUUCCCCUCCACCCCAGGCCCCAAGAGGGCACAUUUUCUCUUUCUGAGUUCUCUGGAUAAAUCCCUAAGCAAUGUUACGCCUCAAAUGUCAUUAAUAAUGUGUGUUGCAAACUUGAGGGUUUUUUCCUUUUCUGAAGGUUUAUUUUCUCUUGGAACCAAUCCCUAGUCACGUAGCGUAGGGCUCACGGUCAUUGCUGACACCCUAGUGGAAUGUAGCACUCUGCACCCUUGUUUUCUGCUUUGUGUUCAACUCCAGUGAUACCAAUAGACUAUUCUCAGUGUAAUUGCACAAAAAAAAAAAAAAAAAAGUGAUAUAACAUAGGCAAGUAACCAAUGUGGUGGUCCAGGCGUGUGCGCGUGAGCGAGCGCGUGUGGGGGUGCGUGCGGCCGCCGCCCUCCCCGUGUCCCUGGGCACGCUGCCGCACUCUUGACUCUACACCAUUCCCUCCUAGUGCCUUACCGACGACAGACGCGCGUGAGGGUUUACUUCCAUGGUACUCCAAGAAGCUGAUGGAAGCGAGUCGGAGCCUCUCGGCUCUUCCUUUGUGCUGUUGUAACAUUUUACUCUGGUCUUUCCUGUUUUCUUUUUCUUUUUUUAAUUUUAAGUUCAUUUUGUUUCAAUCCCCGUUGUCUUUCUUGGGCCGUUUGCUACAGAAGGCUAUCAGGGAGCUGGCAGGGCUAGGAGAGCCCACCGGUCUUGAGAGGGACAUGACAGAUGGAUGGUCGGGGUUGAAUCUGAUGGCGAUGAUGGUUUCAGUUGACUUCUAUUUGGAGUCAGAGCAAGAGAGACUCCCCACCCCGCACCCUCACCGCACUGUUCCCCCAGUUCUACCGGUGCGGUCAGCUCUGCCAAUUGUGGAACUAGAGGUCCCCUCUCAGUUUUAGGAACGCUGGUCUUGCCAGGUGGCUGCCUCCUUCCUGGUGUGGAAGGGACAAAGGAGGCAAGGCUGCCUCCAGCCUCUAGGCCGGGCACACCCUUCCUGUCGCUGUCCGGGGGCUGGAGAGGAGGCCUGGUCCCCAGCCCCAUGUUCUCAGACUUGCCCCAUGCGUCACUGUCAGCCCUGCCCCUCUCUCCUCUGGUUCCCUGGCUGUGUUUCGCUCUCACAGUCUUGCUGGAUCCUUCCCUCCACAUAUACCAUCAACCCUUGGUCACUGCAGAGUCUUUCCUCACAUUACCCAUGUCUACUCACAACAUGACUUUGUUUUGGUUUUCAAGGGCUCUGCUGGGCAGAAGGUUGGAGGGACACUUAUGAGGGUGAUCGGGGGUCUCACACUGCACCUUGGAAAACUCUCCCACCGCCAGUUACAUUUCCAAAGAAAUACUCCCUUUGCCCUCUCGCACCAUUGAUACAUUCUGGAAGUUUUCUCAGGCUUUGAAUCUGCUGGGUGGAGGGUCUCUCCAUUCACAGUAAAUUGCGCUUAACACACAUGAAGGUUAGGAGACUAGCUGAUCACAGAAGGCGCUUUAAAAGGUGGUCCUAAUUGUUUGACUCUCAAUGCUGAGUACUUAACUAACCCCAAAGCCAAGUUUCCAGAGUGCAAAGAGGUGGCUCCCCAUUUCGGCACUCCACCUCAUCUCCCGCUCCCUUCCUCACUGCACAGCCUCCCUUAAUGAUUUACUGUGAAAGGUGUUUUUAUAGCGAUACCAGAUCUAAUUCAGUGAGGAAGCCAAACCGUUUCCUUAGCUUUUAGCUGUGAAAUGUGAAAUAACUCUGGAAAUUUCCCCUCCCCGACCCUAAGUUCUACUUACCUUACAAAGAAAUCGGUCCCCAAACUGGAGCCAGCUUAGUCCAGUCCUUAGGCUAAAGGGAAGGACACCAUGACCCCCCGCCCGGUACCCAGUGGGAUGCGAUGGGCCAAGAUGCCCUUCUCGUGGUGCCAUGAUCCAUAGUCUGUAUCCUGAGGUGGGGAAGUGCCAUCGUUCUGAGACAGCAGGAAGAUGGCCAGUCCAGAGAGGGUGUGGGGUCAAGUGGAGGACGCAGGAGCCAGAGUCCUCCUGGGGCCACACCAGCCUAGAAAACCCGUCCUCCCCGGACUGUGGGCAGCCAGAUGGCAGCAGAGCCCAACAGACGUCCUCAUGGCCAGUUACACACGUCUCGGCUGCAAAUGAGCCUCUGUUUGCCUUAGUGGGUGGCAUCCUGGAUCCCCUGGCACACAGUUCACUUCUGGCCUUUUCUACAUCUGCUCUUGCACAGGGAAAGACAACAAACAUGGCCUUCCAUUUUAAAGAAAAUGAUUUUGUCUACUAAGUUGGAAGUCUCACUCUUUUACCUGACAUUUUCUUUCCUUCCCUUCCAGAUCAGGAAUGAAAGUUCCAUGCUGCUCAUAAAGAUAAUAUUAUUGGACUAAUUAUUUUGGUUCGUAGCAUUGUGAUUAUUUUCAUUAUUAGCAUCAUGUGGAUAUUUUAGUUGGGGUUUGAAAUGCACAUUUAUUCCGUGUAUCUUUGUGUUUUCUCUUUAAUAUUUAAACUUAUUUUAUUAUAUCUGUGAGUCUGUGAGUACACAGAAGGGACAUACGGAUGUCCAGUUUUGUCAGACAGAAAAAAGGAAAGACCCAGGAAUUAGGAAAAUUGUUUCUGUCAUCUCUAUUCCACUAAGAGCUGUCAAGAAAGAUCCGACACAUAGCAAACGUUUGGAAAAUCAAGGCCUUUGUCUCUGUACAGAGAACACGGGCACGACCAAUAUUGUACAUUUCUAGAUUCUCAGUGGCCUGGAAAGAGGUCGGAGGAGGCAUCACACGGGCUGCCGUGCUUUUCUCCCACAUUCCCUGUGCUCUCCUUGCUUCUGAAAUCUGCUAACUAGACCCUUGGCCUGCCUCACAUCUGCUAUUUACGUAGCAAGCAAAACAAAAACAAAAACCCUCUCCCCAGAGCUGACCCAGCCCAUUUCCCAAAUGUCCUCCCAUUUCCCAUAAUGCACCAGGAGUGUGGCUUACAUCCUUCAGAGUAGAGGCAGUUGUCCCCUCCUAGAAGCCACUGGGUGUAAUGAGCUGAUGUAAGGUACCAGGCAGGUGGUACCGUUCCCUGAGAAAUUUCAGCCUCACGUUGCCUCCUUCCUCUCACUAACCACACUUCUUCUGUCUCUCCCUUGCCCCCAGUGCAUCUUCUUGGCACACAAUUCUAGGGACAAACUAAAGAGCCUGAAAAAGGCGAACUGAUGGUAGGAGGCCAGAGGACACUGACAAAGUCUAGCAGCUCCCCAGACUACGGGCCACAGCCCCCCCUGAAAUCAUUGGCCAGAAAGGGGCACAGCAGGGCCCUCAUGGCCAUCCCCACUGGGCUCCGACUGCACCCCUCGGUGCUCUGCACUGUGUGUGAUGGACUUUAAACCAGCUUAAGGUAUCCACACGCUGCCCACCGAACCCAGAAAGUACGGCCCUGGGUGAAGAAAGGCUUGAAAUGGCUGGCUCCGCUGAAAGGGAGGCAGCAGCUUGCACAGGGAGAUGUCACGCGGUAGCCAGUCCGCAGACACUCAGCCAACAUUAGUGCACCCUCCCCGCGCCCCACCUGCCUCCCUCUUCCAGUCCCAAGCACAGAGCUGUGGGAUCUGAAGCCCCCAGUGAGACAGGCCGGCCCCCGCGUGUGCUCGUUAGCACUUGCCCGAAUCUGCCAUCCUGUCCUCUACCUCGGAAUAAAAGGCUGCCCGUCCCUAGAACCAAGCUCUCAAGUAGAGGGAUGCCAACCGAAUCUUUAUUUAGCCCUCAAAUAACCUAGAACAUCAUCUGUUCUUUAAUCGGCUCCAUCCUUCUUUGCUGAAGAAACAUCGUUAGAGUAAGAGGGGAAGAUUUCCAAGGACAGGUCAAGGAGAACCGUGCAGUUCGGAGCCUGAGGAACCACAGGUUGAUAUGCUCCUGCUCAGUGGGUCGGUGCUGACCCAUCUGGGUGUUUGCACCCGUGUCUCUGCGCUCAGGGCCUCUUUCAUGACGUUUUAGCUGUUUCCAAGGGAAGGGGUGAGCAGGCCGGUGGGUGGGAGAGUCUGAGGCUUGAUGCCAGUUAUUACUGUGAAGUGGGGCAUGUGGCUGAUUGAAUUCAGAGGGAAAAGAAGGGUUGAGGCAAACCGACGGUUGGGUUGUCUCCUGGACUGUACUUGCAUUCUGGCCUUCCUGGCGGCUGAGUGGCUUGCAGGCUGUGGGAGCCAGCUGGCCUUAUCCUCUUCACCCUGGAAGACUCAUCCCGCCCAGACACCAGAUUGUUGGAUGUGAGGAAGGGAAGGCGAGAGUAGACAGCUGCUAACAGGCUGAUUUGCCUUGACCGGACCUUUAGAAUUGCAAACACUCAUUUUUGAACAAGCUUGUGGUGGAGGACUUGGAGUUGUGUGAGUGUGUGUGAGUGGAGCAGACUUUCUUGGAAACCGGAGGAAGGACGUGAGGAGGCUUAAGGCGCUGUAACUGGUGGGCUGUGGUUGAUGAAACGAGAUGCGUCCACAGGCAGACUCGGCUGUCAUUCCAGAUUCUCUGUCCGGUACCGGGGCCAAGGUGGGCUGUGGGGCUCUUGCUGGCCUGCCCAGUAGCUGCUAGGACAGAAGAAAAUAACCAGGAGCCCUCAAGUAGCAGAGAGAAUUCAACAGAGAGGCAAAGAUUCCUUCCGCAGGCCUCAUCUGGGACUUCACAAGGCCUGCGUAAGCGAUUUUGCCAUGACACAUUCCAGCCCCAGGGCCUUUGCAUGCUUCUGGCCUAUCUCUGUCUUUUCUUUCUGGUGAAUCUUACAGAGUUCAGAUGGGGAACCCUCCAAAUUGAGCAGGCCAGAGAUGUCCUUACCAAAUUGGAAACGAAGGUGAAGCUGUUCCUUUCUUUAGCCAAAGAACCCUUCUCAAAGACACCUCCAAAUAUGGACAAAAUGGCAUUCAUUCCUCUCUCCUUUCUGGGCAACAAUGACAUCGUCAGUGAUGCAGUUCCAGUUACCCUCUCCUCUUUAUCCUGACUUGUAUUUUUUUUUAUUGCAUUUAUUUCAAAACUGUACUCGUCUUUCAAGAGAAGUGGAGACCGGUCACCCUAGCACUGCUGCUAUUGGGAGCACUGUGUGAGCUUAACAGGUCUUGGUGUCACCAUGGGUGUGACCGAAGCAGACCCGCCAUGAAGUUUGGCUGCGUCGCGUUUGGGUGCAUGCUGGAGCUGGGCUGGGGUGUCAGUGAUUUUCCACUUUGCUGCCUUCUAAUCUCCAUCCACUAGACGCUGUAAAAUCUUAGUCGGGCUACUAGAGAAUUGAAGGUGGUGAAAUGACAUUUAAAUGCAAUAGAAAUCUUUCAAAGGCUUUUGGUGCCACUGUUCAGUAGAGUAACCCAACCUGUGGAAGCUUCUCAACAUCUUGCUUGCAGCUUCCAGAAGUUCAAGAGAGCCCGCUCCAAGCCAGUCUUUCCCUUCAGACUCUGAGAGUUUCCAAAGAAGUGACCCUCGGCAGGGCACACUUUCUCAGGAUACCUGUACCAGCGGGAUCUCCCUGAGGCCCCCAGCUCGACUCCCACAAGCCUUUGAGCGCCCCUCAGCUCAGACCCUGCAUUCAAACAUUAUGUUGACUAGCUCUUAUUUGGUGAAACAUGCAGAGUCCCUCAAGUAAGUGACAGCCAACAUUUGUUGAAUGCUUUUGAUACGCCAAGCCCUGUGUGAGGGUGAUUUCGUGGAGCCCUCAGAGUCACCCCAUUUAUGAUGAGGAAGCUGACGCCCUAAGACAGUAGCAUGUGUUCAAGGAAAGAAAACGUAAUGGCGGUCCGAAAUCUCCACAUUUCCAGUGAAAUUUUUGUUAACGAGGCCUUCACUGAGCUAUGCUUUUGUUUCUCUUUUAAUUAUCAAUGCAUGGCCUCGUGUUUCUGACAAACCAUUUAACGAUACUCCCUUGACUGUGUACCAAACACGGUGCUAAAAGUUGCCCACUGACGAUCUUGUUUAAUUUAGUCUUCAUAAUAACCCUGUGAAAUCAGCAAUAUUAGUCUCUUGCAGAUGAGGCAGCUGGCUUGGAGAGCUGGUAACCUGCCCAGGGGCACGCAGCUAGUAAGGGAGCCAGGCCUCGAAGCUGGGUCGCCUGGCUUCAGAACGGAGCUCACAGCCGCUCGCCGCGGCUGUCUCCUGUGCAUAGAUACAAAGAGAGGCCUGGGAGGAAUGUGACCCCACGCCAUCCCUGCCCAUGUGUGGAACUUGCCACAAGGUGUGUGAGCAGAGGGAGUCCUGAAUUGGGUGCAAGCAGAAGGGGCAGAAUUAGUUUGACUUGUUAGAGAAAAUGGUAGGAGUUUCUUCUGGUUCAUAGUAGAAAUCAUUUUAGAUUCCUUUCCAGUGUACCAACUAGCUUUAGUAGUGCUGCUAACAGACUCUUACGAGAGUGAAGAAAAAAAGUGUUUUCUUCUUUAAAAAAAAAAUAAUUUUUUUCUUGCUUAUAGUUAAUUCUAGAAAAGGCAAUACUAAAGGUAUAUAUUUUUUUCUAAAUGCUAUUUUUUACUGCACUGAUAAAUAUCAUAACAACUCUGGUCUCUGUAAUUGAUCCACUCUUCAGCUCUGGGUAGAACCAGGUGCAGGAUUCACACCAAAUUUGUAAAUACCGUGUGUGGGUCUGGUGUCCAGGAACCUUUUUCUUUGUGUUAAAAAAAAAAAAAAAAAAAAAAAAAAAAAAAAAAAAAAACAGGAGGAGAAAGACAAGAUGACUUUUAGAAAGAGGAACAAAACUAAGUUUUCUCUUGAGAUAGCCUUCUCAAAGACAUGGAAAGCAAUAGUUGUGUAAACUGAGGAAACCAGCCAACUUUUAAGACUUAAGGAAGGAGAGUCUCUUGCUGAAGUAUGGGAUUAAUAGUAAUUAAUAGAAACAGAAGCACCUUUAUUAUGGUUGAAAGGUGACAGAAUUUAGAAAAGUUUAGGACUAGGUUUUUAAUUUUUUAGAAAACUCUUGUUAUGAAACAUCUCCUUGGUUGUUUUGGAUGGGUUUUUUUUUUUUUUUUUUUUUUUUGGUUUCUGUUUUAUUUUAAAAAUGUCUUUAGUGACUGGCUCUAGGCUUGUUUACCUAAAUUCUUAGGUAGUUUACACAAGUUCUAGAACCUUCUAGAACUUGAACUCCAUUGGAAGCAAACCCAACUAAUCAGAAUUUGAGAUCCUGGUUGGUUUCAAUAGAUGUUCUGGAAUUCUGACAGAACACCUACAGAUUUUUUUAAAGAAGGUUUUAGAUACAUUAUCUUACACAAACUGUGACCUAAUGGCAAUAAUUACCUCAAAUGUGGGCAUUCAUCCUGGUUUUAGCCUUUUUUGAAAUCAUGUAGCCAGCUUGAUCUUGGGAUUUAACAGACUAUGAACUCCGUGUGGGCUGAAAAUGAUUAAUGCACACUCUGGUCACUGUUGCUUAAGCGAAUUCUGAAAUAGCUAAUCUUACAACAAACAUUAUACCAAGGCAAAGAUUAUACUUUGUGUGUUAUAAUCAAAUGUGAUAUUCAAAUGUACAUGUUAAGUAUAUAUGUUUUUAGCUACUGUAAAAUGCUGUUAGCCUUCUAAAAUACCGGAAGAGUCACAUUUUAAAUGCGUAAACUAAAUAAUUGACUGUGGAUACUUAAGCAUAUUUCUGGCUACAUUUUAUAGUUAAAGUGUUUUAUAGUUUACAUUUAAACUGGUACUUUUUGAAGAAAAUUUCUGUUUAUAGCUGACAUCUUCAAACCCCAGCGAUUGCCUCUUUAGUUGGAGGCCAUGUCCCCCCAAGGCAAGUAUGUUCUACCCAUACUGUUGUGUUGUGUAGCCCAACACCAGCAUUUCCCGCCAUGUCAUUGGUUUCCAUGUGAACUCGAGAGAAUGUGAAAGGAUUUCCAGGUUAAGUCCACAGCCUGGGCCAGAUGCGAAGACCUCAUGCCAUGUUGUAUCAACACUUGUCUUCAAAGCCUUCUCUUUGACAUCUUGGAAGAGGCAGAGAGAACAGAUACCUGGUUUGUUGAUUUUGUCCUGAUUUGAAUGUUUAACUUAUUAACUGAUCCACUGACUCCCAAUCACUAGGCAGUAGGAGACACUGGGAUUCAGGGGGCCCGGAAUGUUUCUGGGCCCCCUGGCGGCUGUUUCUGGGCCCCCUGGCAGUAUUCUGAUCGGUGUUUUGCAGGAGAGAGUCACACACCCCUACGCCCAUAUUCAUUGGCUAGGUUUUCCAUACAUCUGCUGUCAUUUAUUCCUUUGCUCCUUUAAAACAAAAUGAUGCAAAAGGAUGUGUUUACUUUCUACACUGUGUCAAACUUAGAUUUGAAGCCUAGGUCAGUGGGGUGGGGGGAGGCGCCAUUCCUUCCUAGAGAUUAUCAGUGCUGCUGAGGAGGGGAAGCUGGGGAACUGAGAGGCAGCCGGGGCCUUUGAGACCCAUCAAAGUGAAGACCGUAACUGUAAUGGCAAGAGAGACGUUUCAGAGGGAGGGCCCCACUGUCAUGCAGGAACAGACUGGAAAAUGCGGGUUCCUCUAAGAGUUUUGGUUCAUUUUUUGUUUUGUGAGGAGGACCUGCUAAAGGGCAUCCCUUUAGCAGAUAAGACCUUGAAAACUGCAAAAUACCUGGGACCAGGGAACUGUUUGUGCAUUGUUGGUUUUGUUUUGUUUUGUUUUUAAAUGCGUUUCCUUUUUCCCUGUGAAUUCUGUUGGUAGUCUGUUUUUAUUACAGUUUUUUGUUAGAAAUGUUACUGUAAAAUAUUUUUCAUCUCGCCCCUCCUAAUUCCCGCUUUCCACUGAUUGGUUUUCUCCUUUGCUGUAAUUAACCAAAUGAAUUUUAUGUCCUCAUCUUUGGGGCUUAACCAUAUUUUUAAAAACUAGAGGUAUAGAAAUUGGCUUUAAAAAAAAAACACACAACUAAAUAUACUGUAUCCGGAAAAGGGCUCCGCCAUUGCUCUGUAGUUUCCUUUCAACCAGUCCUGGAGCUGCCUCCCGUCCUUAUGUUGGGUCACUGUCUCUGUGGCCACCUCAGCCUCUGCCCUGCUGUCACCACAGCCCCACGCCCAGGUACCCAGGCUUCCCAGGUAGCUCUCAAGAGCCAGGAAGCAGGUCCCACUUAGCCUUGUGAGUGGUGGUCUUACUUCCCUGUUAGAUAUUCUCCUGCUUGGUUGAAGGGGCAAUGGACUUAUUAUUAUUAUUAUUAUCGUAUUAUUAUUAUUUUAAUAGUUUGGCUCAGGUUAUAAGGAAGAACUUGGGAAGUGAAAAGUGACUUGACCGUGCCCAUCCUUUGUAGCUUCCUGUGACUUCUGAAUGGAACAGAAAGCGUCCCCCACCCCACUCACCCCUGCUCCCUUCCAGGCAGGUAUUCCUGUGGGCGCCGCCGCCACGUCACAUGGUUUCUCCCCACCCCGUCACUCUCCUCACUUGUGUUACUGCUCAUUGAAACUUCCUUCCACGGCUUUGCCAGGGCACAAUCAUUUCUGGCCCCCAGAGCAUGUCCUCAUCCUCUUUGUGUGCGUCUUUUUAACCAAAUGAAGUAGACCAGGAAGUCACACUUUGGGGCAGCAGAAUGUCUAGUUUAGUAGAAUCACUGUAUAGAUAUAGAUGUUGAUAUAUAUGUUUGUGUAUAUAUAUAUCAAACCAAAUUCCGGAUAGGAGAAGUAUAGCUUUACGGAUGAGGAGGAAGUUGGAGUCCGAGUGGGCCUAGCAGAGGAGCCGGGGCGGCCCCAGGCCGCACCUUCCACACCCGGCCUGAGGCGGGGCUCUGCGCACCUUGUCACUCACCUCACCACAGUGGAGGCAGGUGGCCCUGAAGGUGCCACUGCGCUCUCUGGGUCCCCAGCAUCAAGGGCAUAGAUGAGGGCGGGAGGGAGGCAACAAAUCAGAAUGACUGGAAUUUUCCAUCCUGUUUUGCUUUGACCACAUGUAUCGAGCUGCCGCCUCUGAUAUUAUAUCACGUUUCCGAAAAUGGUAUCCAUUAGGAUGGAAAGGGAACGGAUCUGUAGAAAUGUUUACCUUUCAACUGCCCAUGAAUUUAGUCCACUCUGGAUAGAAAGACUCACUCCCCGGAAUGAGAACAGGGAAGAGGAGACCUGGUGACGCUCGCUCACUAGUCCAAGGGACAUGGCUCCCUCCCCAAGGUCAUCUCGUUCUAGAUCUUUCUACCAGGUCAUCUCAGCUCAAUAACCCUAGGAAAGCCCUGGUCUGUUGUGUUCCUUCACUGUACGGUUUCUGUAAUAAAAAGUGUUAAUCCACGUUAAUCUUUGUGAAAAUUAUUGCGUGCAACAGUAUUUUCUCGUGUACCUCUUUUUCCUAUGUGAAUUGUCCCUCUUUUCUUUUUUAUUUAUAAAUGUCUACUUUUUUUUUUAAAGACAAACCAAUGUGUCGUAGACCUCUAUGUAACCUACUCCUUAGUCUCAUAUUAUAGGUAUGUUAUAAGAAUGGAUAUUUUACUUGGCUUUAGAAUGUUUUACAAGAAAAAUAAUUCUUAACUGAUCAAGUCCUUGCUACUAAAAUGCUUGUGUUUUUCAUCAUGACGUCGUGUGCUUCUAAAUUAAUAAUCAUUUUCGUUGUAGAAAAAUGGAGUGAAUUUAUAUUAGUCUUGGAAACUAAUAAUAGCAUUGUAAAUUUAUGAGAUGAUUUUAACAGAAAAAAUUAUAGAAGAAUAUAGUUAUUUUAAUUGUAAUAUUACUAACUGUAGGGUGAGAAAGGGGGGGUCCCGUUGUGGUGAACUAUGUUAUAGCUUGUUACUCACAGUUUCUUUUUGAUCAUUUUUUCGGUCUCUGAGGUGAAACGAGUUAUUAAAAUUUGUAAACUCACAUAUGCAUAUUGUAUAUGUGUAGAAAUGUAAUCACACUUUGUCUUGGAAUUACAUUAAACUGUUUGGAGUCACUGUA